GGCUGCCGGCUACGUCACUUCCGUCCGCGGCCGGAGGUGCAAGUCCCUACGAAUAUGGCGGCGUCGAAGGUGAAGCAGGACAUGCCCCCUCCGGGGGGCUACGGCCCCAUAGAUUACAAGCGCAACCUUCCGCGUCGGGGAGUGUCGGGCUACAGCAUGUUCGCCGUUGGCAUUGGGACCUUGCUCUUCGGGUACUGGAGCAUAGCGAAGUGGAACCGCGAGCGCAGGCGCCUGCAGAUCGAGGACUUGGAGGCUCGUAUCGCGCUGAUGCCGCUGUUGCAGGCAGAGAAGGACCGGAGGAUCCUGCAGCUACUUCGGGAGAACCUGGAGGAAGAAGCCAUCAUCAUGAAGGAUGUGCCUGACUGGAAGGUGGGUGAAUCUGUGUUCCACACGACGCGCUGGGUGACCCCCAUGAUGGGCGAGCUCUAUGGACUGCGCACGAAUGAGGAGAUCAUCAAUGCCACCUAUGGCUUCAUCUGGUACACGUAGAGCCGCCCCGCAGCCGCGGAGCCUCUCCCCUCCCCACACGAGAAUAAAAGCUCCGGACACCUGCC